CACGCGCAGUUGUUAUCACACGUUAUACAGUGCGCGCUUCAAUUAUCAUCGAGUCGAGUCGAUUUCAACGGUGCGGAAUCCUCAGUGCGAGCGACGUCAUCACCCUAUACGAUUAGAGGAGCGUUCGUGUAGUUAUCAGUACUGAGUCGAUUGUAAACGAGCGUUAUCAGAACGAGUCGAUAGCUGGAAUAUAAUUGAUAAGACUUCCGAGAAAAUGCCUUGCUGCCAAGUCCCAAACAAACGUCAAUGCAACAUGGAGUGUAACAACGCCAAUUGUUUCUGCAUCCAAGAGGGCGGACAAUCCUGCAUCUGUCUUGAAAAGGAAGAAAGAAAGAACUGCCAAUGCGAUGAUUGCUCCUGCUUUACUACCGGUGAUUGCACUUGUGUUUGUGUGCGUCGUGACGAAACGGGAAAAGUCAAAUGUGACGAAAAUUGUGGAAAGAUUAAGGAAUGCAAGUGCUGUUGUUGUGGUACCAAGUGUACUUGUAUUAAAGGGGCUACUUGCAAUUGUGUAUGCGUUGCUGAAAGUGGGAAAACAAAAGAAUGUGGUAACUUCAAGUGUUCUUGCAAGUGUGAUUCUAAAUGCACUUGCAUUGCGACUGGUGGCGCUACUUGCAUUUGUGUAUGCCGCAAUAAGAGAGGGAAUGUUAAGAAAUGUGAAGACUGCAAGUGUGUUAACGAAACUUGUGGAAAAGAUGAAAUGACUUGCGAGAAAAGGUGUGACAAAGACGGAUGUAUCUGCAUCUUAACUGAUGGUAACCCUUGCGUUUGUAUUCGUCAAGACAAGGGGCAACUUGUGAAAUGUGAUGAUUGCAAGUGCAACUCUUGCAACUGCAAAUGCGAUACUUCUAAAUGCAUUUGCAUUGCCACUAAACGGGCCACAUGCAUUUGUGUAUGUCGCGAUGAGAAUGGAAAAAUAAAAAUAUGCGAUGACUGUAACUGCGUGGAUGAAACUUGUUGCAAAACUGGGAAGAAGUGUGACAAAGAAGGCUGUAUUUGCAUCUCAACUGAUGGUAAACCUUGCGUUUGUAUCCGUCAAGAUAAGGGGCAACUUGUAAAAUGCAGUGACUGCAAGUGCAACUCUUGCGCCUGCAAAUGUGAUGCUUCUAAAUGCACUUGUAUUGCAACAUAUGGCGCCACAUGCAUUUGUGUAUGCCGCGAUGAGAAUGGAAUAAUUAAGAAAUGCGAUGACUGUAAAUGUCUUAGCGAUGCUUGUUGCAAGACUGGAGCUUGCGAGAAGAAAUGUGACAAGGACGGAUGUAUUUGCAUCUCAACUGAGGGAAAAUCUUGUGUCUGCAUUCGCCAAGAUAAGGGACAACUUGUAAAAUGCAAUGAUUGCAAGUGCAACUCUUGCAACUGCAAAUGCGCUGAAUCUUGCGCAGCCACUAGCGAAGCCAGUUGCUCUGUAAGCUGUGACAGUGGAAAGAUAAAGUGCAGUGAUUGCAACUGCGCUUCAGGCAACUGUAAUCCUCAGCCAUGCCAAGCUUGCCACAAGAAAAGUGACAGCAAAGGGUGCACCUGCGUGCCUACUGAAGAAAAACCUUGCCUUUGUGUUCCUAAAAAGGAAGAGGAUCUUGUGAAAUGUGAGAAUUGCAAGUGUGAUGAUUCUAAAUGUAUUUGCAUUGCCAUUAAAGGGGCUACUUGCAUUUGUGUAUGCCGUGACGAAAAUGGAAUAAUAAACAUAUGUGAUGAUUGCAACUGCGUAGAUAAAACUUGUUGCCAAACUGGGAAGAAGUGUGACAAAGAAGGCUGUAUUUGCAUCUCAACUGAUGGUAAACCUUGCGUUUGUAUCCGUCAAGACAAGGGGCAACUUGUGAAAUGCGACGAUUGCAAAUGCAACUCUUGCGCCUGCAAAUGUGAUGCUUCUAAAUGCACUUGUAUUGAAACAGAUGGCGCCACAUGCGUUUGUGUAUGCCGUGACGAAGAAGGAGACAUUAAAAAAUGUGAAGAUUCUCGUUGCGUUUGAGAAAUUAAAUAAAGAUUUACAAGUACUUAUGUUAUUAUGCAUAGUACCUAAAGUUAAUAUUGUCUUCGAUUUCGGUUUCGGUUUGUAUUGCUUUUGGUUCGUUUUCAUAGUUUUAUUUCAUGAGUGCCUAAAGUUAUUCACAUUCAACAACAUUUAUAUUCAACAUAUAUUAUGCUUAUUACUAGGUACUUUUAAUAUAAGUACACACCUUUUGUUAAAAAAUUUAGAUCGUGAAUAUUAUAUAUGUUAAUUCAUAUUUGCCUUUUCUUUUUUAACAAAGUUAAUAUGUAAAUAAAACAUGAAUGUAGUUUUAGUAUAUAAAGUCAGUGUUAGUACUACUUGUGCUUAUUGCGAUGUAUCCUUCAUAUAUUAUUAAUAUGAAUAUUAUACUUAGCUGUUAAUUAUAUAUUGUAUAAAAUUAUUCCAUAAUAAAACUCCAUUAAUAUCCUUA